UUGGUGUUUGGUUGUCGAAGAUGAAAGCGUUCGUGAUAUUGUGCCUGGUAGCGGCUGCGGUGGCCAUGCCCACCUCCAGGGAGGACGGGGUCAUGGAGAAGUUCAUCUCCACCCUCCGGGAUUGUGUAGAAACGGAUACCCUGAUGUGUCUGAAGGAAAAGGCGAUGAAAUACACCGAGAAUCUGGCGAUGUCGAAAGAGUUGAACAUCGUCGACGGCGUAUCCUUCUCAAGGUCGGGUAGUCCACGGUCAGCUCGCUCCUACGACCCACUCCCUGAUGACCCCAAGGCCAGAGAACUGCAAGUAGAAGAGAGGAUUCUGGACAACGUGGUCGAUUUCUUAGACAGCCAUGUCCUUCAGCUGAGAAUGCCCAAGUCCUUCGAAGAUGACAACUCAGUCACCGACGAGGAAGGACGUGGCAAGAAGAAGAAGAAGCUCAAGAAACUGAUGCCCAUCAUCCAACUCAUCAAACUUAAGCUGACUGCUCUCAUCCCUCUGUUCUUGGGUAUCAUUGCCUUUGCCGUAUUCAAGGCUUACUUGUUAGGCAAGAUCGCUUUCAUCGCAGCCGCCUUCGGAGCCCUGAAGAAACUCCUUGACGCCAAGAAGAACAGCGGUGGUUGGGCCGAGCCUGCUCAUGAGGAGCACGGUUGGGAGAGCGGCGGCGGUGGCGGUUGGGGAAGGUCCCAGGAGGGACAAAAUCUGGCUUACGCUGCCCACGCUAAACAAGAUUGAAUCUAUAGCGAAAAUUUUAGGACGCGCAGUUAUUGCCAGUUUUAAGUCUUCCAAAGAGACCUUCAUUUGUUUUUUUUUUCGAAGGUUUUCGAACAAAGCGUAGCGCUCAGUUAAUCUAUUUAUUUAACCACCGUAUGUUUUAAUGGCAUAAUAGUAUUUAUGGAUGAGUGUGAAUCGUGUGUUUGUCCGAAUUUUUAUCUUAUACUUUAUGUAUGUUUAUUAACUGCAGUAUACAUAUUUUGUUUCAGUUCUUUUUAUUUCUAGAGGCUGUUUUAUUUAUUAUUCUCAUUUAUUUGUGUAGUAUAUAUUAUGCAAAGCCUUUUUUGAUACAAGUAUUUUUAUAUGAUUAUUCAUUUUCAUUUUAUUUUGACUUCGUAUUUAUUUACUAUAUAUUGUUUUAUAUUUUCAGUUCCAAAGAUUUUACGCUAAAUAUUUUUUUAUUUAUAUUUACUUACUAUUUAUUUAAAGUGAUAUUAUUAUGUGUGAUCGUUUUUUUUAUAUAUUAUUGAGUCAUUUUAUUUAUGUUUGAAUGUAUUAAUUUAUUAAAACAUUUGUUAGGUACGUAACUAUAAGUAAUUUAUUUUACGAUGGAUCCACGUAAAUAGCAAAUAAACGAAUUAAUUAUACCAUUAA